AUGGGCCAUCAACUAAACUUGGCUGUUAGCCAAGCAGCAGCAGAAAUAGCAUAUCUAGUCAAGUACCAGGAUAUUCUAAAGCGAAUCCAUGCGUAUUUUGAAUGCUCUCCUGCGAAUACUACACGCCUGAAAAAUGCUCAGGAGAGUCUCGAUCAAACUCCAAAAAAAUUUCUUAAACUAUCAGCAACUCGCUGGUUAUCCUUAGGAAAUGCUGUUGCAGCUCUGGACUGCAACUGGCAAGCUCUUGUGUGUGUUUUGCUAGAAGACAAACGACCAGUUGCACAAGGAUUGCUUAAAAAUAUUACUUCGUAUUUGUCUUUAGCAACCACUGCAAUCAUGAGUGAUGUCAUGUUUGUAAUGAACAAAUUAUGUACAACGUUUCAAAAUGCCAAUUUGGAUUUUGAAAAUGUUCAAAUUAGUGUUGAUGCUAGCAUUGCUAACUUAAAGGAAAUGACAAAUGGAACGGGUACCCAUUUUAUGAGCUUUAUGGAUGCUGCCCCAAAAGAAGCUAGUGAACAUUUUGAGUUUCAAGGCCAUGUAAUUUUAGAUGGACAGAAACAAAGGGAGAAAUUUAGAAAUGUGAUGACAACCCUUUUAAAUUCUACAAUUAAUAAUGUAAUUGAUAGGCUGGGAGAUUUACAUAAUAUUAAGAUGUUCAAUAUCUUUUUGCCCAGCAAUAUACCCCAGGAUUCUUCCAAAUUAAACGAAUAUGGUCAGAAAGAAAUUAAAUGCAUAUAUAAGUUAUUGUCGAGUAGUUCUGCUUUAAAAGAUGUAACAGAAAUUGAUAUGUUAUGUGAAUGGGGAUUAUUCAAACAUAUCUUACAGCAGAGAUGCAGAAAUUUGACAUUCAAGGAAUUGCUUGCAUUUCUGCAUGUAAAUGAUAUGUCUGAAGAAUUCCCAUUAAUGUUCACGUUAAUUGAAUACUGUGCAACAUUUCCAAUGCAUUGGAAAUGUUGCACAGUUGAUUGUGAAAGAGGAUUUAGUUCCUUAAAUUUAAUAAAAAAUGAUAUAAGGAACAGGUUAACAAUUCACAAUAUUAACCAUCUGUUAAUGAUAAAUCUUGAAGGCCCUGCAAAUGGUUUUAACUUCAAUGAGGCAUUUGCAAAAUGGGCCAACAUGAAAGAACGAAGAAUUCUGCAGUGUAAGCCAAAUUCAUUCGUAAAAUAA